AUGACUUCGCUCGUCCCGACGACGUCUUCAGCUAUAUCGACACCGAGAGCAGAUAAACAGGUGCAACCAGUGAUUGUCUCCGUUGAGGUCGUAGAGCCUGAAUGCCGUUCCGUCAUUGCGCUUCGAAGCGAGAGUGAUACAUCAAAAUGGUACGGGCCAGCGGAACCUGACAAUGAAGGCUCCUCCAUCGCCCAAGAUGCCUACAGGAAAGCAGUACACUUUUGCCAGAAAGAGCUCAAAGGCGACCAGAACGGACAAUCUAUUUGGCUCGAUGAUCAGACAUCCAUGUCCGACGUGUUGAAAAUUGUCAGUGAUGCGGCGAUGAGAUAUGACUUGAAGAAAUCGCACAGCAGCAGCGUCAAGGUUAAGGCCAACAAGAUACUGAAUAUGGUUGCGACAAGAGUAACACACUACGGCAACGUCUUCGAUGUGCUGGCGCAGCAUCAUCCCGAGUAUGUUGCCCUUGCUUGGGGGGCCAUGAAAUUUCUCUUCGUGGUGACCCUAAAUCAUCAAGAGCUGAUCAUGCGGAUCGCUUCUGCAUUUACAGAGAUUGGGGACAUAUUGCCUCAGGUUGAGAUGUCUGCUAAUCUAUAUCCGAACGAAUUUAUCAAACACGCGGUUGCAAAUCUCUACGCUCAGAUACUGAAGUUCUGUAAGAAGGCCACCAAAUGGUAUAAGCGUAGCAGAGUAAUGCACGCGCUCGUCGCCAUAACGAAACCAUACGAACUCGAGUUCAAAGAUGUUGUGGAUCAGAUCAAGCUGCACGCACAGAAGAUACAGCAUCUUUCCAAUGUAUCCUGUCAAGCGGAGAUGAGAGAUAUGCACAUAACUCUCCGGCAAAUCCAAAAUACUAUGAGUCGCAUCGCUUCCGGAAAUGAAGGGACGCCUUUGCCGCCUGGUCAGAAGUCUACCCAGAGUAUCACGCCAAAGAAAGGACGUCUUCUUUUGGAGAAUGUUGAACGCUAUCUCUCGUCUAGCAUACAGAGCCCCGAAGAAAGUCUGCGGAGCGGUUGCGUAUUCCGAGACCGGCGUAGAUCAAGAGGCUCUUCCAAGAUCUCACCGUCUGUUUGGCUUUCUGAAAGCCUGCAUAAAUGGGCCUCGGAAUCAAGAUCAUCUCUCUUGCAAAUAACCGGGUCCGUUGUCACCAGCUCUGCCUGCGAAGACUUUGCUCUUGACAUUAUCACGCUUGCGCGCUCAGCCGGACUACCUGUCGUGUGGGCUCUUCAAUCAAGCAUAAACUCUGUUACGUCCACAGUCGUUGUUACUGAUAUUGUGAAAUCGUUAAUUCGACAAAUUCUCCUUCAGCACGCGGUCAAGUUCGCUACGAAAUCAAGUUUGACUGAAGAAUGCUUUGCACGCUGUGCUACAGUGCGCGACUGGCUACACAUCUAUGCUAUACUGUUGAGCGAGAGUUCAUGCACAUUUAUCGUCGUCCAGGGGGACGAAAAUAUGGCAGAGGUUAUGAUUGAGCUGGGACGAGUUUGGAAAGAGAUUUCGGACCGAAAUAUUUGGGCGGCUGUAAAAAUGGUCAUCGUCAGCCACGGUCUCGGACCUGGCAACGAUCUUCGUCCAUACAUUGGGGCUAAUUGCUUCACUGUCUCCCUGAAUGAAGGCCGACGACCUGGGUUGGGAAGAGGGGUCCCACCAGGUGCACGGAGAGUCUCUCGCCGCUUCCCGAAUUUGCAGAGCGCUGGGGCUGAGCAGCUCCGUCCGCUGUUAAUGGAGCUGUUAGCUGCAGAGCCACCACGGACAACAUGA